UCAGGGCUGUCAGUUGUUAGAGAGCCGAGCGACUGUGAAGACGUACGUGUGUGCUCAUACAGUGCUCUCAAGAAUUUAUUUUUGGAAAAUUCUAGAGCAAUCAACAAGUAAAACAAUACUUAAUUACUUAGAAGAGUUACAAAAAUCAUAUUAAUUUGUGUGCGCGUGUGUGUGUGCACAUUUACAAUAAAAAGAGAAAAGUGUACAAAUACAAAGCGAAAAAGUAACGGAAAGUUCGUAAACGACAUUCUUUGCUCUCUCUCUCAAUUUGGGCCUCUUUUGUGGUCGCGGCCGAGCGCAGCAGCAAACAACAGUACAGCAUAGCAGCGAGCGCGCAAGCGAGAAGGCGAACCAACGUCGUUGUCGCUCGCUCGCUCACUCACUGAGAGAGCUAGCCGAGAAAACAAACGAAACAGACACACACAGACAGCCAAGCAGAGCAGCCAAAGCAGCAGUAGAGCGUCGAGCUUUUGAGUGCAGACCGCGCUCGCAACCACAAUCGAAAGAGUAGCAAAGCGCACACAUACAACAAAAUCGAGACGCGACCUACUCUAAAAAAAAAAAAAAUACGAAAAAGGCUCCUUGGUCGAGAUUUCCAAUAUAAAAAACCUAAUUAAGGACUAUUAAGAGACUGUAAUAAAGGAACAACAACAACAACAAAUAAAAAACAAGCUACAUUUAUAACAAAGGAGAAAGAACGGAAGACUAGAAAUAAUAAUAAUAAUAAUUAAUAUAAAAACAAACAAACCAACAACAACAAAACACAAAUCAAAAACCUUAUUUAAAUACAAAACAUAUAAAGAGCAAAGUAUUUGGUUUUGGUCAUCACAACAAAAAUCACUUUAAGCCUUAUAAAAAAAAAACAAACAAACAAAAAUAUUAGCAUAAGAAAUUGCAAGCGUUCAGCAAAGGAGCAACAAAAUAACAAAAACUACAACAAGAAGGCAAUGCUGUUGUUGUAAGUGAGAAACCAAAUCACACACAUUCGCUCGCAAGGGAACUAAAUCAAAGAAGAAGAAAAGAAGGAAUACGAAGAAACUAUUGCUAACUCUGUCCACGUCAAGAACACCACAAUCAAAGCAGGAAGUUGCUAGGCGGCAAAGCAGGAAGGAAGACAGAAAAGAAAAUCAGCAGGGCAGCACUGACAAAUCAGCUGUGCGUGUUAGUGUGUGUGUGUAGAGUGUUAUUGUGUUGUUCUCUUUUAGCGCACACAAACGCUGCAGUAGUCGCUGCGCCAGCGUCGACGCCGGCAGCCAUGAGCAACAGUGACGCAAACGCAUAAACUGCAAGCAAAGAGCAUUAAGAAAAAGGCAAGCGAAAAAAAGAAGGAAAGAUAAAAGGAAGACAACAAGCAAAAUCGAAAGGAGCCAAGUAAAAGGCGAGACAACGAAGAAGGAAGGCGAAGAAGAAGACAGGCGAGUGAGAGAGAGCACCCUGAUGCAAAACGAUAUGGUCAGCAUCCCAUCGGCCAAUAUGAAUGGCGGUCUCAAGGCAGCCAACAACAGCAGCGGCAACGUUGUCGGCGUCGGCGUCGCCGGCACAGUGUUGACUAACGCACAACGUGUUUAUCUGACACCCGCCUCCAGCUAUCAUCUCGCAGCGGCCGCACGGCAAACAGCAGCUGGCGUCGGCGUCGCUGCUGCGGCUGGCAGUAAAGUAGGAAAUACGGCCGCAACGGGAAUUGCAGGCAAUGCGGUGGCUGCAAAUCCAAAUGCGGUGGCGGCAGCAGCAUCGACAAGCGGCGCUGCUGGAACCGUGCGUUAUUUUUCGCAAUUUAGCAAACUGCAGCCGGUGCAGCCAGUGUUGAAUGCCAGUGUUGUGCAACGCAAGCUGAUCAAUCCCGAGGCGAUGGUGUUGGUAAAUGGCAACAAACCGUUGAUAUUUGCUACUACACCAGCAGCAGCAGCCAAUAACAACAACAAUAAUAGCAAUAAUAACAACAUCAACAAUGGCAAGUUGCUCACUGCAGCAGCAGCAACAACAACAACGACAUCAGCGGCGGCAACAACAACAGUUCCUAAUGGCAGCAGACUGGUGCUCAAUAAGCAGCAACAACUAUUGCUGCUGCAGCAGCAACAACAACAACAGCAGCAGCAAUUGCAACUGCAACACCAACAACGACAGCAACAACUGCGACUGCAACUGCAGGAAGAGCAACAGCAAGCGUCUGUGAUGGAACAACAGCAGGUGGAGGAUCUGAUCGAGGAGGAAGAGGAGGAGGAGGACGUGGAAGAAGUGGUGGAGGAUCAGGAACCGGAGCAGCAACAGCCAUUGUCAUUGGUAGUCGGUGGAGCGGCUGGCGGCAAAUCGGUGGCGGAUUCGGAUGCUGAACCUGAGCUGGACAUUGUGAUCAAUAACGUUGUCUGCUCGUUCAGUGUGCGCUGUCACCUCAAGUUGCGCGAGAUCGCAUUGAAAGGCUCCAAUGUGGAGUACAGACGCGAGAAUGGCAUGGUCACCAUGAAGCUGCGUCGUCCCUACACUACAGCCUCAAUUUGGUCGUCGGGCAGGAUUACGUGCACAGGCGCCACAUCUGAGUCGCAGGCCAAGAUUGCGGCUCGUCGCUAUGCUCGCUGCCUGGGCAAACUGGGUUUUCCGACGCACUUCCAGAACUUUCGGAUCGUGAAUGUGCUGGGCACCUGCAGCAUGCCCUGGGCAAUUAAAAUAGUCAAUUUCUCGGAGCGUCAUCGUGACAAUGCCAGCUAUGAGCCCGAGCUGCAUCCCGGCGUCACCUACAAGAUGCGCGAGCCCAAGGCUACGCUCAAAAUCUUCUCCACGGGCAGCAUAACGGUAACAGCCGCCAGCGUGAAUGACGUGGAAUCCGCCAUACAGCACAUUUAUCCGCUGGUGCACGAGUUCCGCAAGCAGCGUUCGCCGGAGGAACUGCAACAUCUGCGGCAGAAGCAGCGUGCCCAGAGCGGUGAGCAGGGCAACAACGAGCUGGAUGACGCCGAUGAUACAGCCAACAACGAUACAGCCAAAGAGGAUUUGUUUGCGAACACAACCGCCGCCCACAACAAUCAUAAUAAUCAGAACAACAAUGCACCAAAUGCCACCCGCCCGAUGCCAAUGAAUGCCUCGAUGCGUCGCUUGGAUCAGUACAAGCAGCAGUAUCAACCCAACAACAGCGAACAGACUGCGACUAAAAUAGGCGCCGCCAGUAGCACAACCAGCAACAACAACACCACCACCAGCAGCAGCAGCAGCAGUGGCGACAACAUUUGUGCAAAUGCGCGUCGUCGCGCCACCGAAUGUUGGGCCACCAAAUUGCAAAAUAAACGUCCGCGCUACAAUGAUCCUGGUGCGGCGGCGACAACCUCAAAAACACUCACCAGCAGCAACAGCACCAUAACCAUUGCCAACAACAACAACAGCAACAGCAGCAACCACUCCAGCACAACAACCACAGCGACAACAGCAACAACAGCGCAUGUUAUUGGUGGCAAUGGCAGUUUCAUUACCGUCAAUAAGUUGCGCCCAAAGCAACAGCAACAGUUGCCUGUUGGCGUUGUGCUAAAGCAGCCAAAUAAUUUGCGUGCUCGCAUCGCAACAACAACAACAGCAGCAGCAACAACAUUGGCGACAACAACUGUUGCGAAACGUGACUCGUAUUCACCUACGGAUUUCCAGGUGGAUGAUUUGAUUGAGGAGGAUGACGAUGAGGAUCUGAGUAUGCAUUUUUGAGUGCAGCAGCAAACGAAGCUGGCGCCCAACGUGCGAGCCUAGACACCAGUCACCACAACAACAAAACACAAACGAAAGUUGCCUAAGCCAAAAUGUUAUAAGAGAAGCAAAGAAACAAAAAAAAAACAAUUCAAAACAACAAACAAACAAAAACAAACUGUGCUAUUUCAAAACUGUGCUCUUCUAACGCAUUUAACAUAAGCUUAACAUUACGUAAACAGAGUGCACACAAACACAAAACACACCAAUACACUCACACACACACACUACACACACUACACACACACACAUAGAAGGCAGGCAGCGACAGGAAUUCAAAAUCCAAAUCAAAUAUUUUCUAUACGAUUAACAUGAAAGUAAAACAAACAAGAGCCAAAUAUUUAUGCAUAAGAUUUAUUGUUAAACAAACAAAACAAAACAAGUACUGGAAAUGCAACAACAAAGCAAGUUGAUCAUCAAAUGGUAAAAUGUUACCGUAAACACACACAAACAAACAAAAACACACACAUAUAGACUAACAGCAACAAAUAUCAGCAAUUUGUGAGAGCUUUACGUAUACAGUAAAAAAGGAAAAAAACAAAAGGGAAAACAAAUAUCAUGUAAAUAUACGUACUGAAACACUCAACAACAGCAACAAAACAUACGAAGCAGGCAACUGAAAUAUAUAGAAACUCUUAUACACACACACACACACUCUCACACAUACACACAUAUUUGCUUUCACUUUGAGUUUCUUCGAUAUCAUAAUGAUGUAACUGCGUAUGUGUAAGCAAACCACCGCCUAAGAAAUACUGUUACUACUCUACAAUUAUCGCUUAACUAAAACAGAAAAAAACACACAAAAACAAAACUAUAGUUCUUAUUUUUUCACACUUCAUUGAUACGUUUGCUGUUAAGUCGCUGUUAUGGUUAACAUACGUAGGAAAAACGAUAGAAAAUGUUAAUGCGCCGUCGACAGCAAAAAUGGCGGCUGUUGUUGCUCUCCUGAUGACGUCACAACAACCUCGCUCAGCAGCCGCCAUUUUGUGUGGGCGCAGAACGAAUCCCAACAACAACAAUAAAAACAACAACCAACCAACCAACGUACAAUAAGAAUUAUUUUUUUUUGUUUUAAUUAUUAUUUUAUUACGAUUUUCAUUAUUAUUAUAUUAUUUUUUUUGCAUAAUGACAGCAGUUUAAUUUAAAGAAAAAGUAUAUAUACAAUUAUAUUUAACGAUAAACAAGUGUUCUAGACAACCGUCGUCGUUUUCUAACCUUAAUGUAGUGCAUUAUACGAUUAUUAUUAUGAUUACGAACAUAAGCGAUAUAUUAUUAUUAUUAUUAUGGAUCAUGCAAUCCACAAUUUUUUUUUUCGUCGUUCAAAACCUAUUUUAAUAAGAGCUUCUUUAAACAUUCAGAGUUAAGGAUAUAUAUAAUCAAUAUAUAUAUACAUAAAUAUACUACACUUAUAUCUGGUCACUUGUAAACCAAUAACAACAAAACGAAAACAAAUUGUAUUUAAUUGAUAUAUGAACUCUUAUACUUUAUACAUUGCAUAUGGAAAAGGCAGACAUAUAAACACACACAUACAUACAUAUACAUAUAUAUAUAUUUAUAUAUAUAAUAAUAUAUAUACACUACUAUAUAAUCAUUUGCCUGAGAAAACGAAAUUUGAAUUACAUCAAUCUUAUUUAAUUCUUUUUUUUUUUUUGCAAUUAUAUAUCAACAUUAUUAUUAUUAGAGAUAUUAAGUAUAGAAACUUGUUCCUGUGUUGUUAAAAUCGCAAAACGAAAAGAAAAUAAGGCGUAGCAGAAGAAGUGAAGAGUUUACUUUAAACAUUAUAUUAAAAAAAAAAACACUACACAACCACAACAAAAUCAUAAGCAAUACAAAAUGAAAGAAAACUUAAAUUGUAACUUGGCAUAAAACGAAACAAAAACAAAUCAGCCAAAAGUCUCUAAAUAAAUGUAUAUAGCUAAGUUAAUUAAUAACCAACAAAAAACAAAAA